GCUUAAUUUUCAUCCAGUAUCGAACGAGCAGUACGACACUAGCGAGCUAACGUGGCGAUCCUAAUUUGUUUGCAAUCAACCGCAGUUCUACGAUUCACUUCUGAGCAAGAUGUUCAAGUUUGUGUUGAUCGGUGCCCUGUUUGUUGCGGCCGUGUUUGCCGCCCCGGCCGAUAAUAAGCCGGGCCAGCACGGCCAGCGUGGCGACGGUCUCGAUCAGGCCGAAACGGCCUGGAACAAUCCGGCUGGAGGUUGGAACAGCCAGAACACCUGGAACAGGGAUCCGGCAAGCUGGAACCACCCGAAUGCGGCCUGGAACCAUCCGGGAGCGUGGAACGCCAACAGCUGGAACCGGGGCUACAACAACCGUAAUGACAUGAUCGCAGCAAAGCCAGGUUAUGACCCGGCCAACCGUUGGCAGGCCGAUCCGUGGAACCGUUGGGGAGGUGCUGGUGCUGGUGCCGGUUGGAACAACUACGCCGCCGGACGCAGCGGUGCAGCCGGAGCCCCUGGCGCUGCCGGAUGGCAAGGCGGUGUUGCCAACCGCUGGAACGCCUGGUAAACCCGAAACCAGAACCAGUGAUGCUGUGGCCCGUUUGCAGUGCACCCUUCGAGUAGCGUGAUCAUUGUCACGAUCUGUUUUCUUCCCCUAAUAUCUACAACUUGAUGGAACAAUAAAUUCUUCAAUCUGCACUAA